AUGGCGGGAGCAGCAGCAGGAGGACUCUUUAAUGCAUUCGCAUUUGCCGGAGCAGGAUAUAUAUUUAAAAUGCUUGACAAGAAUGGAUACGCUGAGGAAGCCCACAGACACAAUAUUGCAAUGGAGAACCUAACAGCUGAAAGAGAGAAGUACGUUGAGGAAGUCACCGAUAGAAGAAACAGACUUGCGCAACUUAAGGCCGAACUAGCUGAGGCGAAUAGGGAUAUUAAUUCAACAAAUAAGGCAUUGGAACUCGUCAGGAGAAUCAACGAGCUAACACACAGAGCUAUGCCAAGAAAGCCGCAACUAAGUAACCACUACAAACCUAGCUCAGAGAUGAAAGAAUAUAUGGCAAUACUUGGUUUAAUUAUGGGUGGGGUGGUUGGAGGGGCAGCUUAUUUAUUAAUUUAA